AUGGAGCUGGAGGGGCAGUGGUGGAAAGGACAGCUGGCUGCCGACAUCCACCAAGCGCUUCGCUACAAGGAGCUGAAGCUUCCCUCCUACAAAGGCCAGUCUCCCCAGUUAAAUCUGAGAAGAUAUUUUGCAGACCUGAUUGCCAUUGUGAGCAAUCGUUUCAGACUCUGUCCUGCUGCGCGACAUCUUGCUGUCUAUCUACUGGACCUCUUCAUGGACCGCUAUGAUAUAUCCAUUCAGCAGCUACAUGUGGUUGCUCUUUCCUGUUUACUUUUAGCAAGUAAAUUUGAAGAAAAGGAAGACAGUGUCCCUAAGCUCGAACAAUUGAACAGCUUGGGUUGUAUGACUAACAUGAAUCUGGUAUUAACAAAACAGAACUUGCUACACAUGGAGCUGUUGUUGCUAGAAACAUUUCAGUGGAACUUGUGCCUCCCAACUGCUGCUCACUUCAUUGAAUAUUACCUUUCAAUUGCCGUCCAUGAGACAGAUCUCCACGAUGGCUGGCCAAUGGUUUCCUUAGAGAAGACCAAGUUAUACAUGGCAAAAUAUGCUGAUUACUUUCUGGAAGUAUCUCUGCAAGAUCAUGUGUUUUUAAAUUAUGCUCCUUCGUUAGUGGCUACUGCAUGUGUGGCUUCUUCAAGGAUUAUCCUACGUCUCUCUCCAACAUGGCCAACUCGACUGCAUCGUCUUACUGCAUACUCCUGGGACUUCCUGGUUCCAUGUAUUGAACGACUGUUAAUUGCUCAUGAUAAUGACGUAAAAGAAGCAAACAAGCAAAAAGGACAACAUGCCCAGCCUGCACAACAGAGCGCGUUUCCUACCCAGACUCCAACUCCACAGCAGGUUCAUGUUCAACAACAUGUAUCACAGUAUCUCCAGGCGCAUCAAGCUCCAUUACAGUAUCACCAUCAAACCUCACAACAGCAAAACUGUCAGCAGAUGGUGUCAACUAGUCACACGUCCUCUUACCCACUGCAGACUUGCCCUGCUGGCUUACAAUCCAGCGUUCAGGCUCGAGGUCACAUACAGACUGGUGCUAGUAUGUCACUAGCAGUUCCAAUAGAAGUGAAGCCAUGUAUAAGUGUCUCGUACAACCGGAGUUACCAGAUCAAUGGACGGUAUCCUUGUAUUACUCCCUGCUUUGAGAGGUGA